AUGAGCACAAUCAAAGUUGGUGAUCAAUUGCCUGCAGCUACUCUUUUCGAAAAGGGACCUACCGAUAAAGUCGACCUCCUGAAGGAAUUGAAGGGCAAACACGCCCUUAUUGUUGGUGUUCCUGGUGCCUUUUCCGGCCCAUGUUCCGAGGUUCACAUUCCGGGCUUUUUGGAGUACUUGCCAAAGUUUAUUUCAAAAGGUUACGGUAACCUUGUUGUUGUCACAGUGAACGAUCCGUUUGUGGUCAGCAAAUGGAGGGAAAGCUUUGGCCUAAAGCCAGAGUCCCCUAACGUCUCCUUUUUUGCAGAUUCCAAGGGAGACUUUGUCAAGUCAUUGGGCUUGGACUUCGAUGCUACCGAGAUCUUUGGAAACACCCGUUCCAGACGGUUCGUUUUGGCCGUCGACGACAACAAGGUGGUUGCAGAGUUCGUCGAGCCUGAAAACACCCCAAUCGACGUCACUGCCGCAGACAAGGUCUUCAAGCAGAUCCCGGGUCUUGAGUAA